UGGAGCUUCGCUUUUCAACGGCAGGAGUUAAAAAAACAACCACCGCGAAAACCCACAGCCAGCGAACGCCGCGCUGCCGCGGUUCUCUUUUUUUUUUUUUUUCUCCUUUCUUUUUUUUUUUUUUCCCCCUGACCCCCCAUUUUUAAACUGAGUUCCAAGGCGCCAGAAAUUAAUAAACGCCGCCAGGCCCGUGUGUCGGGGCCGUGGCCUGGGAGGGCGGCGUGCGGGGAUCUGUCACAUGGCGGGGACCCGCACCCCGGCCGGGGCCAUCCGACACCCUCCACGCUUCUCCUGAAGAAAACAAAGAUGAAAACGCUGCUGGGCACCUCGGGAGCGGGCGCUGCCUCGGAGCUGGGUAGCAAGGAAUCUUCCCAUUGCCUCUCCCGUGAUACUCUGGGUCAGAUACAGGAGCAACGGAGUUGAAAGUUGGUUCUCUGCAAUUUCUGCGUGUGGCUUCUAAUGGAAGAAGGAGUGAAGACUGAAAACAAUGACCACAUUAAUCUGAAGGUGGCAGGGCAAGAUGGGUCUGUGGUGCAGUUUAAGAUUAAGAGGCAUACACCACUUAGUAAACUAAUGAAAGCCUAUUGUGAACGACAGGGGUUGUCAAUGAGGCAAAUCAGAUUCCGGUUCGAUGGGCAGCCAAUUAAUGAAACAGACACACCUGCACAGUUGGAAAUGGAGGAUGAAGAUACAAUUGAUGUGUUCCAGCAGCAAACAGGAGGAGUUUACUAAAAAAAGACAAACACACAAAAAAAGAACCUGCUACUUUCCUCUUCAGAACUGUGCUCCCACAGGCGACACAUUCACAAUUAGAAAAAUGAGACUUGGUUCAGCCACAUCCUGACUACUGCAGUAUAGUUUUCUCUCUUCUCUCUCUGAUUUUUUUUUUUCCUAUUCCUUCUAUUGUACAUAAAGUAACUGGUGUAUGUGCACAGACAUAAUGCAUAUUUUUUUUAACUAAAUGGCCAAUAGUAUGGUUUGAUCAACAUUUAAUGGAGAUGGGGUGGGAAAACAAACUGGUUCUGUGAAAAUGCCCCUUUCUCCGUUAGUGGCAUGCUCCUUCUACUUUUAUCUUUAUAUUCCAGUAAGUUAUUUUGCUCUCACUGUUUAAAAACAAAAACCUUGCAUACCUUGUUUGAUUGGAUAACUUCAAUGUUUUUCUUUUAUCAUUGUAAAACCAAGGACAAUUUUAUAACUUUUUUGUACGUAGCUGUUACAUGUAGAGCAAUCUCUGUCUAAGUAGGGGUAAAUUACUCUUUAAAAAAAAAAAAAAUCCUAGAUAGUUUUCCCUUCAAGUAAAGCGUCUUGUUGUUUAAAUAAACUUCUUGUUUAAAAUAACCAGUUUUCUUUAUUUUUCUGUGGAGUAAUAGUACUCAGCACUUGUAUUUCUUUCUCCGCAGCACUUUAUGCUUCUCAGUUCUCAGCUUUCUAUGCGGUAAGUAAGCAUAAUCCCCCUUUUACAGUCAGAAGACUGUUGGAAAAUGAAAGGCUUCCUUGAGACCUCUCAGUAAUUGAACUGGAAAUAGAAGUCAGUUCUGUCUUACUUUGAUUUUUUUGGGGUGUGCGUGUAUGUUCUGCUAAGCCAAAAAUGUUUGAUUAGGCAGACUGCAAAAUACUGGACUAUUACUUAUGCCUUUGGGUUAAGCUCUUUUUGUUAGUCUUUAAUAGAAGCAUCAAUAUUGUUGUUACAGUAGCUUAUUUAAAACUCUGUAUUUUAAUGCUUUUUGAUGUAAACAUUAAGUUAAAACGAGUGAAUAAUUUCAUUAACCUCAUAAUUUCAUUCAGUUUACCAUGGUAUCAAAUGGGAGAUGCUUGGAAAUGUAAAGCAAAAAUAAAAAAUUGAGUUCUGUUUUUGGGUG